GGGAAGGAGUUCCUCCCGGUCUACCAGCACUUCCCUUGUCUGCGCCGGAGGGGGAGGGCGCGGCCUCGGGUUGUAAAACAGGCGUGGCCCGCUUUGCCCAAGAAGAGGCUUCCUGUCCGGACUCCUAGCAGCUCCUCGCUUUAGUUUCAGCCUCGGAUCUUGGGUGGAGGUUUGCUGCCUUGGGGGAGCCGGAGCCCAUGGAGAUCUCGACCCCAGAAAGGAGCUGAAAAGAGGCAGAGAAUUGGGGAAGGAACUUCCGGCCCCUUGGCCCUAAAUUGGGGAAACUUCUCUCCAGGCUGCGGUUGGUUACUGUUCCGUAAAAGAUGCACUACUACCGGUAUUCUUCUGCUGAAAUCAGCUGUUGGUACAAAUACCUGCUCUUUAGUUACAACAUCGUAUUCUGGUUAGCGGGAGUUGCCUUCCUAGGAGCUGGUCUUUGGGCCUGGAGUGAAAAGGGCGUGUUGUCAGACUUAUCCAAAAUGACACGACUCCAUGGCUUUGAUCCAGUGGUGCUUAUUUUGUUUGUUGGCGGGAUAAUGUUCAUUCUCGGAUUUGCUGGCUGUGUAGGAGCCCUGCGGGAGAACAUCUGCCUUCUGAAAUUUUUCUGUGGCACAAUUGUACUAAUUUUCCUCAUGGAGUUGGCGGUGGCUGUUCUGGCAUUCCUGUUUCAAGACUGGGUGAGGGAUCGAGUGGAGACGUUUUUCAAGAACAAUAUUAGGUCUUACCGAGAUGACAUUGACCUGCAGAACCUCAUAGAUUCAUUGCAGAAAAUAAAUCAGUGUUGUGGUGCCCAGGAUCCAAAUGAUUGGAACCUUAACAUUUACUUCAACUGCAGCAGUUCAAGCAAAAGUCGUGAGAGGUGUGGAGUCCCCUUUUCCUGUUGCAUCCAAGAUCCUGCACAAAACGUUUUGAACACACAAUGUGGCUAUGAUGUCAGAAAUAUGUCGGUAUCUUUAUGGGAUGAAAGAAUCUACACCAAAGGUUGCAUCCCUGCACUGGAAGCUUGGUUGCCUCGGAAUAUUUACAUCGUGGCAGGAGUCUUUGUGGCAAUUUCUUUACUGCAGAUAUUCGGGAUUUUCCUGGCGAGGACGCUGAUUUCUGAUAUUGAAGCUGUGAAGGCUGGCUUCCGAUUCUGAAGAUCAAAACAGAGAUUGACUGUGAGGAUAAGCUGAAUCUCAUGGCUCUUCAUCAUCAUCACAGCAUAAAGAGAGGAAAGGAAAUGAAACCUGAGAUCUAGAAACAGCUUGAUACAUCUAGAGCUUAAAGCCAUAAUAUUUCCUUUUAAAACAGUGUGUAGCUGGAUACCAUCCUGCUUAGCUAGAAGCAAGAGCCAGGGGAUCCUGUUCCUCAUCCAUCCACCUCAUGAAUUGUUUUGCAACUGUAAUCUUUUGAAGGGAACUUGUGUAUUUCUGGUCUUUUGUACCCAGAUGUGAAGAUUCAAAAAGGGCAGCAGUGGACAUUUCUAGAAAUUUCUGCCCUAAAACGAGUACUGUCAUAGUUCUCCUUUUACAGUAGUGAUAUCUUAUAAUUGUUGCAUUUCCAGUGUUGAUCAAUGCCUAGAAGAAAGUCCCAUGAUGCCAAAUGUUUACAUCCUGGGGACAGGAAUGGUAUAUGUGAAAGAUCUUUAAUAGCUGAAAUACUUGUUCAGGGAAUAUUGUGCCUCUUGGCAAACGGAAACAUUCACUGUGCGGGAUUUUUAAAUGAGAGCCAUAUUUAUACAGAUGGUAGAACUAGGGUGGGGUUGGCUUCUAAAGUUGCCUAAAGUCUUAAUAGGGACCUUCGCCUUUGUAAAAAAGACGAGUUCCUUUUAUUUUGACCAGACCUAAUGUAUCAAUUUCAGGUGUUAGGGAUCAGAGGAGAAUCCUGGAGAUUUUUCAAAAGGACAUUCAUUGUACUGAAAAUCCUCACCUACGUGGAUUUAUGAAGUAGUAGUGAUGUGUAGACUCAGAAGCAUUGGUCCACAGACCUUUUUGGGAAAUUCAAGACUGGAUGCUCCUAUACUGCCUUUCAGACAUUUGUGAUAUGGCAUUAUUUAUAGAUGUUUGAACAAAAAAUGUAUCUUCUCUUAUGAUUUUUCUAAUACUGUUUGAUAUAAUACUCAAUUCUAAAACCAUUUAUCUGCUGGACUGAUAAGUUGCUCGUUUUGCUAGUUCUGUGGAAGUGUAUCAGAAAUGUCCAGAAUUCCAUUUCCAUUCCUGUUCUCUCCUUUUCAUGGUAGUAUCUUAACCAACUUAAGAAGCCUUUAAACUUGGGGUGGGCAGCUUUUGGGGACUGGGGGAACAUUUAGCUCCUCUGGCUCUACUGAGGGCUGUACACUGUGUUGCCACAUUUUGUCAGGGUGUACCAGCACCAGCAAAAAAUAAGGUGUUAAAUCUAAUAUUAGUUCACUCAGAGCAAACUCAACAAAUUAACAGCACUCAUCAGUCACUAGUUUAUGAAUCCCCUGCCCCUUUGUGGCAAAAUAUGGCAAUUCUCCUUUAAUACAAAGCACAAAGGAGCUCUUGUUUACAAGCAUUAUCACAGUUCUACGAAGCCUUCCUUAUUUUAAAGGCAAAUUGCUGUUUUGGGCAAUUAGAAUGUCGCUAAAUUUCAGUGUCAAUGGGCAAAUUUGCUGGCAAAGAGUUUGGAGGGUCCCGCCAAAAAAAGGAAAGGAGAGGCAGGUACUUCUUGCUUAUUGACUCCUCCAGCUUUAAGCCUCACAAAGAAACUUUGUUCUGUAUAUGCUAAAGUCCCCCACAUAUAUGCAAGUUAACGGGGGCAUGUAAAGGUCCAGUGGCAUUUAAAUGAUGCAAGACUCUUCAAAACCAGAAUGUUAAAUAA